AUGCUUAUCGAUACCUAUCCAAAACAAUUCUCACCUUGGGAAGAUGCAAUUAUACUACUCGCCAUCGACUUUUAUACGUCAGGAGGAUUGGCUGACGGAUACUGGGGGCAUAACGAAUCAGAGUGUUCGCAAAAUCGAGGAUAUUGCGGAAUCUUGUGUAUCAUAAGAAUAUGGACAACAUUUAUCAACGAAGAAGCGUUCACUAAUCUAGAAUCUACUCGGUUACGAUCUCAUCAGAUCUGCUACGGUUCCUUGCGCGGUGCCUUUGACUUGGAGUCUGUUUGGGCUAGAUACUCUGACCUGCAAGCGAACGAUAGGGCUCGAACCGACGCUGUUUCUGCACUGAAUUUCGACAUUCUACCAUUGAAACCCCAAAUGGAGAAGGAACUUUCCAUGAUUAUCUGUUAUUCACAAUCAGAUCCAUUGCCAGGUAAGAAGAACGAGGAAGCUUCUUCUGACAAAUCUCAUACGGGUGAUGGAACAUUGGGUCGAUGCAAAACACGAUUCUUCUUGCCGGUUUUUGAAGAUGAUAUGAAAUUUAUUGGCACUCAUAAAGCACAAGUAAAUGACGCGAGGCUUAGAAGGCAGGUCAGAGAGAGAAUUAAACGAAUGUGA